AUGGACUCUGAAAAGGCCGUGUUGCUCGCCACCGGCUCAGUGUUUUUUCCCGCCGCUCUGGUUGUCUCCAAACGCAUCAUCAAACACUUCCUGGUCUGCAGCCAAUCAGACGCCAUCAUCGCAGGCACGAGGUUGGUCUCUGCACUUCAGUCGGUCUUAGCGUCGGUCGCAGGUUUCGUCAUCGUGUCUUCGUGCUCAGACCUCGUCCACGAUCGACACUUCCUCGCUGACGCCUACGUCCUGUUCGCGACGCCCUACUUCCUGUAUGACAUCAUUGCCAUGUUCCUAUGCCACCGUGCCAAAGGUCGGGGGGCGGGGCCAGGCGGCACGUGCAGCGAUCUGAUUGGAUACCUGCAAAAGGAGGCGUUACUUGUGGCACAUCACCUGUUCAUCGCUGUGUUCUGUUUCCCUCUGACUGUGUUUUAUCGUGGUCCUCGGGGAGAUUACUUCGUGGGUCUUCUUCUGCUGCCAGAGCUCAGUACUCCGCUGCUGUGUUUGGGGAAGCUCCUGCUCCAGUUCCAUCUUCAGGACAGUGUUUGGUUCAAAGUGAACGCUCUCCUGACGAUCACCACUUUCUUCUGCUGCAGAGUUCUGCUGUUUCCCUACAUGUACUACAGCUACAGCCGUUACAGUGGUCUCCCACUCCUCUCUGUGCUCUCUAGCGCCCCCUGGCAGUGUAACGUGGGUGCGGCGCUGCUCUGGUCCUUGCAGUUGUACUGGUUUGUGCUGUUGUGUCGAGCUGCAGUACGCUCUGUGACCAGAGGGGGGCGCCACACACACACAGAAACUUACCGACAUCCAUACGACCGCAUAGAAACUUACCGACAUCCAUACGACCGCAUAGAAACUUACCGACAUCCAUACGACCGCAUAGAAACUUACCGACAUCCAUACGACCGCAUAGAAACUUACCGACAUCCAUACGACCGCAUAGAAACUUACCGACAUCCAUACGACCGCAUAGAAACUUACCGACAUCCAUACGACCGCAUAGAAACUUACCGACAUCCAUACGACCGCAUAGAAACUUACCGACAUCCAUACGACCGCAUAGAAACUUACCGACAUCCAUACGACCGCAUAGAAACUUACCGACAUCCAUACGACCGCAUAGAAACUUACCGACAUCCAUACGACCGCAUAGAAACUUACCGACAUCCAUACGACCGCAUAGAAACUUACCGACAUCCAUACGACCGCAUAGAAACUUACCGACAUCCAUACGACCGCAUAGAAACUUACCGACAUCCAUACGACCGCAUAGAAACUUACCGACAUCCAUACGACCGCAUAGAAACGGGGAUUUUACUACCAGCUCAUGAAGCUCCGCCCACUUCCAAGCUCUGGUGA